AUGUUGUUUUCAUCACCGACGGGCUUUAUGGCCCAGGCCGCUCUUUUGGGAGGCCUUCUUGUUCAAUCAGUCGAUGCACAGGGUUACAAAAUUGGAACAAAGGACGAGAUCAAACAAUCGGCCCGCUCACUUGCUUACGACCUUAUGCUACAAUAUGACGGAAACCAGACUGGCAUGAUUCCCGGUAUCUUGCCAGGUCCUCCAACAGAAUACAAGGGCGACUACUACUGGUGGGAAGGAGGUGCUAUGAUGGGAACUUAUAUCGAUUAUUGGAAACUCACCGGCGACUCAAGUUACAACAAGGUGGUGAUGGAGGGCAUGUUGCACCAGACCGGAGAUGGCCGCGAUUACAUGCCGAGCAACCACAGUGCAUCCCUCGGAAACGACGAUCAAGGCUUUUGGGGGAUGUCAGCCAUGCUCGCCGCAGAGAACAAAUUCCCCAACCCUCCCGAGGACCAAGCCCAAUGGCUCGCGCUCGCACAGGCUGUAUGGACGACACAGGCAAAGCCCGAGCGACACGACGACGAGUGCAACGGUGGAAUGCGAUGGCAGAUUCCCUUCACCAACUCCGGAUACGAUUACAAGAACACCAUCGCCAACGGAUGCUUCUUCAAUCUCGGCGCUCGCCUUGCGCGAUACACUGGAAACGAAACAUAUGCCAAAUACGCCGAGGAGACUUGGGACUGGCUCUGGGCGGUCAACUACAUCGAUCAUGAGCGCUGGCUGGUAUACGAUGGCGGACACGUCGGCAAGAACUGUACGGAUAUCAACAAGGCCACAUUCUCCUACAAUGCCGCCAUUCUUCUCCAGGGCGCUGCCUUCAUGUACAACUUUACCCAAGGAGAAACUAAGUGGCAAGGCCGAAUCGAAAAGCUCCUCGACGCGACACUCAAGAACUUCUUCCCCAAGGAUAUCAUGUACGAAGUCCCCUGCGAAGGCCGCAAGGGCGCCUGCUCGACCGACAUGUUGUCCUUCAAGGGCUACGUGCACCGCUGGCUCGCCGUGGUCACCCAGGUCGCCCCAUUUACCGCCCCCAAGAUCCUGCCCGUCCUCGAGACAUCUACCAAGGCCGCUGUCAAGCAAUGCACAGGUGGCGAAUCUGGUCGCGCAUGCGGCUUCUACUGGAGCGGGGGCGUCUUUGUUGAUGUGGCCGUUGACGAGACGAGUGGUGCAGGCGAGCAGAUGAAUGUGCUAGCAGCUGUGUCGAGUCUGCUGAUCGGCGAUGCGGAACCGCCUGCGACGAACAAGACGGGUGGUAUCUCCAAGGGCGACCCCAACGCCGGAAAGGACUCGCAUGAUAUACCGGAGCCGGAGCCCAUCACCACGGCGGAUAAAGCGGGAGCUGGUAUUCUCACUUUCCUCGUCCUGGCUGGUGGCAUCGCAACCUUUGUGUGGAUGUGUGCUUUUGACUGA